AUUCACUCUUUGUUUUUUGCUUCCUUGUUCUGUUCUGCGGAACAAUGAACGCACGGCAUGUGCUCGUUUGUGCGCUGGCACUCUGUCUUGUCGCCGCAGUGACAGCUCAGCUCAUCCCUCAGGACGGUUUUCAAGAGGCAACCUACGUCCAGGAUAUCACAGAGCCUAUCAAGCUGGUCUUUGCGCCAGAUGGAUCGGUGUGGCUUGCCGAAAAGGGUGGCCGAAUCCGAUAUUGGCCGACUGGCAUCACCGACCCUUCCAACCACGGUUUGGUGAUUGCAGACCUGCGCACCAAAGUCUUCAACUGGUGGGAUCGUGGUCUUCUCAGCAUCGUGCACCAUCCUGCGUGGCCUGCGCAGCCCUACCUGUACGUGCUCUACUCUGCUGACAACAAGCUUGGGAGCCCUCCGCCUCGUUAUUCCGACCAGUGCGACUACGACUUGCUUUGCGAGGGCAGUGCUGUGCUGGCACGCCUCAAGUUCGACCUGGCAGUGCCCAGGCUCGUCGAAGAAGUCAAUCUGAUCAGCGAUUGGUGCUCGACCAGCCCUUCUCAUCACACUGGCGACAUGUUCUUUGGCCCUGAGGGUGCACUGCAUGUGCUAGUCGGCGACUCUGCCCAUUUUGACUUUGUCGAUUACGGUCAGAAUGAGCGGGACACUUGCCAGUCUCGCCUUCCCGCUGGAACGCAGUAUGGCGGCGCAUUCAAGUCGCAAAUCACCAGCAUUCUCACUGGUCACCUGUUGCGUCUCGAUCCAAUGACGGGUGCCGCGUGGCCACAAAACCCAGCCCGAAACAUGGCAGGGUACGACCCUCGCAUUGCUGCCAUUGGCAUCCGCAACGGCUUUCGCGCAACCAUUGACAAGGUGUCCAACGACAUCUGGAUUGGCGACGUUGGCUGGGCCGAUUGGGAAGAGGUGAACGUCAUCCGCGCUGGAACGCUCGAUGCCAGAGUCCCAAACCUCGGGUGGCCGUGCUACGAAGGCAGCAACGUCCAACCGAGCUAUCAAGCCCUCAGAGGACAGCUCUGCACCGCCUUGUACAAUGCUGGAGCAGCUGCGCACCACAAACCAUUCUACAGCUACAAGCACAAUGACCGCAACUUUGCCGGAGUGCCGACUGAUCCCACGCUGGGCAGCUCCGUCACUGGCGUUGCCGUCAACCGCGGCUCCAAGUUUCCGACCCGGUUUAACGGCGCCUUGUUUGUGGCUGACUUUUCUCGCGAAGUCAUUUUCACCUUCAAAGCUGGCGCGGACGGAAAGCCGAGCGCUACGAGCAUUGAGCCCUUCCGCUCAUCUGCCAGCGGUGUGUGCGAUCUUGUCUUUGGUCCAGACGGUGCGCUCUACUGGAUCUCGAUCUUUGGCGGGUACAUUAAGCGGGUGUCCUUCAGCAACGGAGCAAACCAGCCUCCGAUCGCAAGGCUGACGGCGUCUCCUGGCACCACCUCCGCCACUGUUCCAUUUGUGGUGACGUUCGACGCACGAAGCAGCUCCGACCCUGACGGCGAUGCUCUCGUGUACGAUUGGGAUUAUGGGCAAGGAUUCCAGGAUGCCAACGGCCACGCCUCGACUCGCACCCGAACUUUCAGCACGGCAGGCUCGUACAUUACUCGCGUUCGUGUCACGGAUCCUCAGGGUCUCACCAACAUUUAUGGCCUGUCCAUUUCGGCUGGAGUGAACUACCAAGUGACGAUUGACGCCCCGAACGCCAUGACGGCGCUCUUUGUGCCUGGAACCAACAUCCCCUUCAGCGGCCGCGUCACCGAAACCAUUCGAGGCGAGGUCGUGCCAGCUUCGCAGCUCACCUGGACUGUCACGAUCCAGCACUGCCCCAGCAUCCCCGGCGAAUGCUUGCCCGACGGCACGCGCGCCCCUAGUCCAGUCAACUGCCACACGCACCCGUACGUCAGCUUGCCCGGCGUGGCAAGUGGGACAGUGUCUGCACCUGCGCACGAGUACCCUGCUUGGUUGACCUUCCAGCUGGCAGCCUCCAUUCCUCAAGGUGGCUCGACUCCCUUGACCGUCGCACAGCAGCUCGAGUAUCUACCGUUGACUGGAUUUUUGGAGGUGGAUUCCGUUCCCUCAGGCCUCAAGAUGAUUGUGGGAUCGACCGUCUGCAUCACUCCCUGUCGCAAGCAGCUCAUGCGCAAUGCACCGACGAGCAUCAGCGCCCCAGACAACCAAGACCAGCCGUCCAGUCCAGGCGCUGGCCAAGUGUACAAGUUUGCGAGAUGGUCGGAUGACGCAUCCAAGCCAGCCACUCGCACCGAGGGUGUGCCUUCCAACCAACCCCAGCUUCGACUCGUUGCCGUCUUCAACUUGAGUGCUCGCCCGGCUGGCUAUACCGACACACUUGCUCUGGAUCCUGCAAACCUCCCGUGCCCCAAUGCACCGACUUCGUCUCCUCCAGCACCUCAGCCAUCUGGAUGCUCAUCUGCCGUGGAGAACCAGCUCGUGAUUGACGCAUUCAAUUCUGGUGGCCUGACCACGAACGGCCUUGGCAUGUACACCGAUACAGACGGCACGAUGGUGACCUUUACCAAAUCUGGUGGCAAGCUGACCCUGGGCACCAAGGCGGACGGUAGCUCGUACUGGUACUCUCUCUUGUCGUCUGCCACAACCUGCCUUGACGCCACUCAAUACGACUACCUGUCCCUGGUUGUGACGGCUCCGACCAACACGCGCGUCACGAUCGAGCUGCAGGCCAAGGAUGCUGGCUGCCAAACGUUCACGGCAACGCUUGCCACUGUCGCCUUACAGCAGUAUGCUGCCUCGCCCUUUGAUGGGACGGCCAAGACUGUCAACAUUCCGCUAUCCGCGUUCACGGGCGUUCCGCAGGCCAGACUGCAUGCAAUUACAUUGUCCGCCUUUUUGCCCAACGCGGUCUCGGUCCAGCUCGACGAUAUUCGCCUGGUCAAGUUUGCAGACUGCAGCAGCCCAAGCUCUACGCGGUAUGCCGCGCCCACCAGUUCCGCGACGCCCGUGGUGGUGCAGCCCACUGGCUCCUGUUCGACCACGGAACUUGUUGUGGACGAUUUCGCCAAUGCCGCAAUCACGAUCAAUACCCUGGGCUUUUUGACCAGCGACGAUGGCAGCAUGACCCAGUUCACCCAAACAGGAGGCAAGCUGAGCAUGACCAGCUCGGCCGCUGGGGCCUCGUACUGGUACUCGUUGCUCUCCACAGCAACAACGUGCUUGGAUGUCAGCACGUACAACUCGCUGGCAUUGCGAGUGAAAGCGCCUGCAGGGACUACCAUGAUCCUCGAGCUGCAGGUCAAGAAUGUUGGCUGCACCGCCUAUGCCGGAUCCACUGCCAGAGUUGCGCUUCAGUCGUACGCAGAAACUCCCUUUGACGGCACUGAAAAGCAAGUGACCAUUCCCUUCAGCGCAUUCCAGACCGUCUCGAUGGCCCGCGUGCAUGCCAUUGCCAUCACUGACAUUACACCGAAUCCGGUCUCGUUCACCUUUGACGACAUCAAGUUUGUCAAGACUUCCAACUGUGCUUCGCCAAGCUCGAAGCCUGGUGUCCCGCCAAGCAGCUCCGCCACCCCUAUUGUGGCCGCAAGCACCAGUUCCAGAGUUUCCGCAAGCACCAGUUCCCGAGUUUCCGCAAGCACCAGUUCCAGAGUUCCCGCAAGUAGCACUGCAGUCGCUCCCGCAAGCAGCACUGCAAGUGGUCCUGGUGGCAGCUGCACGGCCGCGCCAGUGGUGGUUGACAACUUUAACGAUGCCACCAUCACCGUGAACACGCUUGGACAUCUCACGAGCGACGAUGGCUCCAUGGCCCAGUUUGCCAUCUCUGGCGGAGCACUGAACCUUGUCGGCAAAGCGAGUGGCGGCUCGUACUGGUACUCGUUGCUCGGAGGAACGGGAGGCGGAACGUGUUUCUCUGCCGCCUCGCACAACGCGCUUCAACUCGACAUUAAAGCACCCGCUGCGAUGCAAACGGCCACCAUCCGGUUUGCCAGCCUGCCCGCUGCGACCUUCCUCCCUGCGCGUCUCCACGCCCUCGCUCUUGAGAUUGUGUCUCCUGCCACCGCUGCCAUUACGCUGGACAACAUUCGCUUUGUGUGUGUUUGA